GCUAUAGCAGCAGCAUGAAGCGAACCCCAACCGCCGAGGAACGAGAGCGCGAAGCUAAGAAACUGAGGCUUCUUGAAGAGCUGGAAGACACUUGGCUUCCUUAUCUGACCCCCAAAGAUGAUGAAUUCUAUCAGCAGUGGCAGCUGAAAUACCCUAAGCUAAUUCUCCGAGAAGCAGGCAGCGUCCCUGAGGGACUCCACAAAGAGGUUCAAGAAGCCUUCCUCGCGCUGCACAAGCAUGGCUGCUUAUUUCGGGACCUGGUCAGGAUCCAAGGCAAAGAUUUGCUCACGCCAGUAUCUCGCCUCCUCAUUGGUAACCCCGGCUGCACCUACAAGUACCUGAACACCAGGCUCUUCACGGUCCCCUGGCCAGUGAAGGGCUCUGAUGCAAAGUACAAUGAGGCCGAGAUAGGCGCCGCCUGCCAGACCUUCCUCAAGCUCAACGACUACCUGCAGAUUGAGACCAUCCAGGCGCUGGAGGAACUCGCUGCCAAGGAGAAAGCCAAUAUCGACACCGUGCCGGUGUGUAUAGGUCCAGAUUUCCCCAGGGUCGGCAUGGGGUCAUCCUUUGACGGCCAUGACGAGGUGGACAGGAAGAGCAGAGCCGCGUACAACCUAACUUUGUUGAACUUCAUGGAUCCCCAGAAAAUGCCGUACCUGAAAGAGGAGCCCUACUUUGGCAUGGGGAAGAUGGCUGUGAGCUGGCAUCACGAUGAAAAUCUGGUGGACAGGUCAGCGGUGGCAGUGUACAAUUAUAGCUGUGAAGGCCCUGAAGAGGAAAGCGAGGAUGAUCCCCAGCUCGAAGGCAGAGAUCCCGAUGUGUGGCAUGUUGGCUUUAAGAUCUCAUGGGACAUAGAGACCCCUGGUUUGGCGAUACCCCUUCACCAAGGAGACUGCUACUUUAUGCUGGAUGAUCUCAAUGCCACCCACCAACACUGUGUUUUGGCUGGUUUACCACCCCGGUUUAGUUCCACCCACCGAGUGGCCGAGUGCUCGACGGGAACCUUGGAUUACAUCUUACAGCGCUGCCAGUUGGCCCUGCAGAAUGUCCGUGAUGAGGCGGACAGUGGUGAAGUCUCUUUGAAAUCCUUGGAGCCUGCGGUUUUGAAACAAGGAGAAGAAAUCCACAACGAGGUCGAGUUUGAGUGGCUGAGACAGUUUUGGUUUCAAGGCAAUCGAUACAAAAAGUGCACCGAUUGGUGGUGUCAACCCAUGACUCAGCUGGAAGAGCUUUGGAAGAAGAUGGAAGGUGCGACCCAUGCUGUGCUUCGUGAAGUUAGAAGAGAGGGGGCCCCUGUGGAACAGAGCAGUGACAUCCUGACUGCCAUCCUAGCCGUGCUCACCACUCGCCAGAACCUGAGGAGGGAGUGGCAUGCCAGGUGCCAGUCCCGAAUUGCCCGAACUCUGCCUGUGGACCAGAAGCCAGAAUGCCGGCCGUAUUGGGAAAAGGAUGAUCCCUCCAUGCCUCUGCCGUUUGAUCUCACAGACACUGUGGCUGAACUCAGAGGUCUGCUUCUGGAAGCCAAACCCUAGAGAAAGAGCC